CACUCAAUAUUUCUAAAAUUGCAAAUUGUGAUUACCACAUUUUUGUGUUUCCGAGGUCUGAUUCUGAUACUUCUGUUUCUGUAUAUUUGGCGGAACUAAAACAGAGUGUUGUACUUCAUUAUUUCUGCCCACACAAAAAAUAUAUAAAAAUAGAAAAGAAAAAAGCCCAUACCGUGAGCUUCAAAGGUGGUAUAUUCUCUUCCAUUUCCUGCCUCAUAUUGAUUGGUAUCAAGAUCACAAAUUCUUGGUAUCUUCCUAGUAUCUAAGUUGAGAUUCAAGAAGGAGAAGAAAAAAGAGUUCUUCACAUUUAAGAUAACCAGUGUGUGUGGUUGGUUGAAGAUAAAAAAAAAAUCUUGAUUUGGAUAUGGUAUGUUUAUAGAAUUAGGUUGUGAUUUAAGGAAAUAGUUGGUUUUUCCUUUUUACAACAAAACUGUUUGCAGAUUUCUUCAGUUAAUUCAAGAUUACAAAUUCUUGACUAAAGAUGGCAUCUUUAUUAAGUUGGGAUUGCAUUAGUUUGAAAAAUAAGUAGAAAAAACUACUCCCUGUCUGUGUUCAUAGAUAUAUAUAGAGAGAGAGAGAGAGGGAGAGGGAGAGAUUGAGAGAGGAAUGAGAGUGAAAUGGAAUUCUGGCCGGAAUUUCUUGCAAACAGUUGGGGGAGAGAAUUUGUGGCCGGAGGAUUCGGCGGCACCGCCGGAGUCAUCGCCGGCUAUCCGCUCGACACGCUCAGAAUCCGGCAGCAGAGCUCCGCCGAAGGGUCGGCGGUUCAAAUCCUCCGCCGCCUCGUCGCCGCCGAGGGCCCCUUUUCCCUCUACCGCGGCAUGGCCGCCCCUUUGGCUUCUGUAACUUUCCAGAAUGCUAUAGCUUUCCAAACAUAUGCAAUCCUAUCAAGAGCAGUAGAUGGGCAUUCUAGCUCCAAUGAUCCACCCUCAUACAGAGGAGUUGCUCUAGGCGGCUUCGGCACCGGAGCCAUCCAGAGCCUCGUCCUCAGCCCCGUCGAGCUGGUCAAGAUCCGUCUCCAGCUGCAGGCGAAAACCCGCAGCUCCAAAAUCCACAACGGGCCACUAGACGUGGCCCGUAGCAUACUCCGAGCGGAAGGCUGGAGGGGCCUUUACCGGGGCCUAACCAUCACGGUGCUGAGGGACGCCCCGGCCCACGCAGCCUACUUCUCCACGUACGAGUACACGAGGGAGUGGCUCCACCCCGGGUGCAGGAAGGGGAGCCACGAGUCGUUUGGGACAAUGCUGCUCGCCGGAGGGCUGGCAGGGGUGGCUAGCUGGAUUUGCUGCUACCCUUUGGAUGUGGUCAAGACUCGGCUGCAGGCGCAGUCGAGCUCGACGGAGAGAUACGGCGGGAUAGUGGAUUGUUUCCGGCAGAGUGUGAGGGAGGAAGGGUAUCAUGUGUUGUGGAGAGGUUUGGGGACUGCCGUGUUGAGGGCCUUCAUUGUGAAUGGGGCUAUCUUUACUGCUUAUGAGACGGCCCUUAGGUGCAUUUUGAGGGGCAACCAGAAUCCGGCCGCGAUUUGAUUGGUGUGGUGUGUUUGACUGGAAUGUCGAUUACGUCUAACCCUCGGAGCAGUUGGGUUUAUGUGCUAUUUGCUGGUGUAGAAAACGGGAAUUCUUUCAAUUUGAUUUAUAUACUUUGUGAUUUUUAAGUCUAUUGCUGUUAUGAAAGCUACUUAUAUAUUCUGAAGUUUGCUUUGUGGGUUUGAAUACUUAAAGUUAGAACUAUAAUGUGAUUUAAUAAUUUAGUGACCAA